GGACUGCCAGUGGUCAUGUGUCUUGUAAAUGGUGAAGGGGAAUGUAACAAAAAAAAGUUUGGAUAUGAUUGACCAAGAGGCUAAAUGAACCAAAGCUGACAUCUGUUUCAGUUACACAGGAGGCCUCAUUUCUCAAAUAUAGGGUCUUCAGUCUUCCACAAUGAACCCUGUUUACAGCCCCGUCCAACCUGGGGCUCCCUAUGGCAACCCCAAGACCAUGGCCUACACAGGUUACCCUACUGGUUACCCAACAGCUGCCCCAGCCUACAACCCCAGCUUGUAUCCAACGAAUAGCCCAAGCUAUGCUCCAGAGUUUCAGUUCCUGCAUUCAGCUUAUGCCACGCUGCUGAUGAAACAGGCCUGGCCCCAGACCUCAUCGUCCUGUGCCACUGAAGGUACCUUCCACCUCCCGGUGGACACUGGGACCGAGAACCGAACUUACCAAGCUUCGUCGGCGGCUUUCAGAUACACAGCAGGAACACCCUACAAGGUCCCACCCACCCAGAGUAACAAUGCACCACCUCCCUACUCUCCAUCACCUAAUCCUUACCAAACGGCUAUGUACCCUAUUCGAAGUGCCUAUCCUCAGCAGAACCUGUAUGCCCAGGGAGCUUAUUAUACACAGCCUGUGUAUGCCGCCCAGCCCCAUGUCAUCCACCACACCACCGUUGUCCAGCCCAACAGCAUUCCGUCAGCCAUUUACCCAGCACCUGUGGCUGCUCCUAGGACCAAUGGGGUAGCAAUGGGCAUGGUUGCUGGAACCACCAUGGCUAUGUCAGCAGGUACCCUGUUAACCACGCCACAGCACACUGCAAUCGGAGCUCACCCCGUCUCCGUGCCAACGUACCGGGCCCAAGGGACCCCCACGUACAGCUAUGUACCUCCACACUGGUAAACUUCAGCAGCCAAUUCACAUUGGGAGUCAGACAUGGUAUGCAACAACUCAAGUCUUACACCCGGUGCUGGCAUGAUUCCAGACCAGCGCCAUGCCCGUCUGCAAGAACAACAACCACUGAAAAGUGCCAGGGUCAAUUUAUGCAUCCUUUAGUGUUUGGGGUUUUUCUUUUUUUUGGGGAAAAAGCUGCAUUUUCUGAUUUCCCUCUUCCCCUGGUCCCUUUCUGCCAGCCCACUCCCCGCCACAUCCCCCAAAUGACGACCCUCACUCUGA